AUGGACGCCGAUAUCAGAGCCGUGCUUCCGGACAUCGACCCGAUCGUAUCGGAAUAUUCGGUUGGCUACCUGAGGCAUGCAUCCACCGCGUGGACCGGCGGCGAUGAUGAGUCGACCGGGCUGUCGCCGCUCGCCGACGCUGCGACUGCCAUCACUGAACUCCUGAUUUCUGCCUCCGGCAAUGCACCGGGUCCCGAGCAGCAGAAGAUUGCCUCUCUCGUCAAGAAAUGGGUCGAGAAAUAUGAGACUGCCAACAGUGAAAAUGGCGAUCGCAGGGGCCCUUCGGCCAUCAAGCGUCUCGACCAAGCCAUCCAGGUAGGAGCGCAACGCAACAUGUCCUCGACUCUUGCUGUGGCCACAGGAAGUGUCGAUCUCGAGUCGGCCAACGCGCGCAAGGUCGAGUCCAAGGUCGACCGCAAGAAACUCGAGAAGGCGGAGCGCAAGAUCGCCGCCAAGUUGAGCAAGAAGCAGUUCAAGAAUGUCGAGUACGAGGCGUCCAAGCUGCUCAACCAAACGGACGACGCACAAUCGUAUGAGGAAUUCUACAUGGCUGUGAACCCUCUGCAGCUGGGUGGUACCGGCCAGGCCAAGAGUAAAGAUAUCAAGAUUGACAACAUCGAUGUGGCUAUUGGUGGCUUAAGAAUCUUGACCGACACCAAUUUGACCCUCGCAUAUGGCCGCCGCUAUGGUUUGGUUGGUAACAACGGUGUGGGUAAAUCCACGCUUUUGCGCGCGCUUUCCAGACGUGAAGUACCCAUUCCAACUCAUAUCUCGAUUCUCCACGUUGAGCAAGAGCUUACUGGAGAUGAUACGUCUGCUAUACAGGCUGUGCUGGACGCCGAUGUCUGGAGAAAGGUGUUGCUCAAGGAACAGAUUGAUCUUACUACACGGCUGGCCGAUAUAGAGUCUCAGCGAUCUUCUAUGGCCGAUACCUCUGCCGACGCUGCCAGGCUGGAUCGGGAUCGUGAGGCCCUUGACCAGAAGCUUGGAGAUGUACAGGGCAAAUUGUCAGAGAUGGAAUCCGACAAGGCCGAGUCAAGAGCCGCCAGUAUCCUGGCUGGUCUUGGCUUCUCCCCUGAGCGGCAACAAUUUGCUACCAAGACCUUCUCUGGUGGUUGGCGUAUGCGUCUGGCGCUGGCCAGAGCUCUUUUCUGUGAACCCGACUUGCUACUGCUUGACGAACCCUCCAACAUGUUGGAUGUUCCGUCCAUUACUUUCCUUUCCAACUAUCUGCAGGGCUACCCUAGCACUGUUUUUGUGGUCAGUCACGACAGAGCCUUCCUAGACGAAGUGGCGACCGAUAUUAUCCACCAGCAUUCUGAACGGUUGGACUACUACCGAGGAGCCAAUUUCAACUCCUUUUAUGCAACGAGAGAGGAGCGCAAGAAGAUUGCGAAACGAGAAUACGAAAACAAUGUGGCACAGCGUGCUCAUUUGCAGGCUUUCAUCGACAAGUUCCGAUACAAUGCGGGCAAGGCCGCAGAAGCACAAUCUCGCAUCAAGAAGUUGGAACGCAUGCCUAUUCUUGAGGCGCCAGAAGCAGAAUACAGCGUCAAAUUCAAGUUCCCAGAGGUGGAAAAGCUGUCCCCGCCAAUCGUCCAAAUGUCUGGCGUUACAUUCGGUUAUACCCCAGAGAGGAUCCUGCUAGAGAACGUCGACCUCGAUGUCCAGUUAGACUCGCGGAUUGGUAUCGUUGGGCCAAACGGUGCUGGUAAAACAACCAUCCUGAAGCUCCUGAUUGGCAAGCUGUCCCCAACGAAGGGUCUUAUCUCUCAACACUCUCGCUUGCGGAUUGGGUUCUUUGCACAGCACCACGUCGACGCUCUCGAUCUCACAACGAGCGCCGUCAGUUUCAUGGCAAAGGAGUACCCAGGACGCACUGACGAAGAAUACCGUCGCCAGCUGGGUGCCUUCGGCAUCACAGGCACGACGGGUCUCCAGAAGAUGGAAGUGCUUUCCGGUGGUCAGAAGUCGCGUGUGGCCUUUGCAUGCCUGGCCCUCACCAACCCGCACAUCCUCGUGCUUGACGAACCGUCUAACCAUCUUGAUAUCGAGGCUAUGGAUGCCCUGGCCGAUGCGCUGAAUGAGUUUCAGGGCGGUGUUCUCAUGGUUUCUCACGAUGUUACUAUGCUCCAGAAUGUAUGCAAGAGUCUGUGGGUUUGCGAGAAUGGGACGGUUUGGAAGUUCCCUGGUGAUGUUCAGCAAUACAAAAAGAGGAUUGCUGAGCAGGCGGAUUCUGCUGGUGUUGUUGCGGCGCAUUAG